GGGGCCACAAGGGGUAGGGCGUGGCCCGCGCCUGCGCCAUAAAGGCCGCCGCGCGCCCCCGGGCCGCCGGCCGCCCGCCUCGUUCCUGCUCCGCGCGUGUCCGGGUCAGUGCAACCUUCUAGUCCCACCAUGGCCGCGCUCACCCGGGACCCGCAGUUCCAGAAGCUGCAGCAGUGGUACCGCGAGCACGGCUCCGACCUCAACCUGCGCACCCUUUUCGAAGCCAACAAGAACCGCUUCAGCCACUUCAGCUUGACCCUCAACACCAACCAUGGGCAUAUUCUGGUGGAUUACUCCAAGAACCUUGUGACGGAGGAGGUGAUGAAGAUGCUGGUGGACCUGGCCAAGUCCAGGGGUGUGGAGGUUGCCCGGGAGCGCAUGUUCAAUGGCGAGAAGAUCAACUAUACUGAGGAUCGGGCAGUGUUACAUGUGGCCCUGCGGAACCAGUCAAACACACCCAUUCUGGUGGAUGGCAAGGAUGUGAUGCCAGAGGUCAACAGAGUUCUGGAAAAGAUGAAAACUUUCUGCCAGCGUGUGCGGAGUGGUGAGUGGAAGGGGUACACGGGCAAGGCCAUCACGGACGUCAUCAACAUCGGCAUCGGAGGCUCCGACCUGGGGCCCCUCAUGGUGACUGAAGCCCUUAAGCCAUACUCCUCAGAUGGUCCUCGGGUCUGGUUUGUCUCCAACAUUGAUGGAACCCACAUUGCCAAAACCCUGGCCAACCUGAGCCCCGAUUCUUCCCUGUUCAUCAUUGCCUCCAAGGUAUGGGCUCUGACGCGGCCUGACCCCCAGACUGUGCAUGUUGGGGUGGGGAGGGAUGGAUGCUUUGCCAUUGCCCUGGGCAUCAGGGGCAAAAGGCAGGAGGAUCCCUACCCUUGGAUGGCCCCUCUGGGGUGGGUUUGGUGUAACAUGACUCUCUGUCUCUUACAGCCCUCUACAGUUGCAAAGCACUUUGUUGCCCUGUCCACCAACACGAACAAAGUGAAGGAGUUUGGAAUCGACCCUGCAAACAUGUUUGAGUUCUGGGAUUGGGUAGGAGGACGCUACUCCCUCUGGUCAGCCAUUGGACUCUCCAUUGCCCUGCAUGUGGGUUUUGACAACUUCCAGCAGCUGCUCUCGGGGGCUCACUGGAUGGACCAGCACUUCCGCAAGACGCCUCUGGAGAAGAAUGCCCCUGUGCUGCUGGCCCUGCUGGGCAUCUGGUACAUCAACUGCUUUGGAUGUGAGACCCACGCCAUGCUGCCCUACGACCAGUACCUGCACCGCUUUGCUGCCUACUUCCAGCAGGGCGACAUGGAGUCCAACGGGAAGUACAUCACCAAGUCCGGCGUCCGUGUGGACCACCAGACGGGCCCCAUUGUGUGGGGGGAGCCAGGGACCAAUGGCCAGCAUGCCUUCUACCAGCUCAUCCACCAAGGCACCAAGAUGAUACCCUGUGACUUUCUCGUUCCGGUCCAGUCCCAGCACCCGAUACGGAAGGGUUUGCAUCACAAGAUCCUCCUGUCCAAUUUCUUGGCCCAGACAGAGGCCUUAAUGAAGGGGAAAUCUACAGAUGAGGCCCGGAAGGAACUCCAAGCUGCAGGAAAUAAUCCAGAGGUCUUGGAGAAGCUGUUGCCGCAUAAGGUCUUUGAAGGAAAUCGCCCAACCAACUCUAUCAUGUUCACGAAGCUCACACCAUUCAUCCUUGGAGCCUUGAUCGCCAUGUACGAGCACAAGAUCUUCGUUCAGGGCAUCAUCUGGGACAUCAAUAGCUUUGACCAGUGGGGAGUGGAACUGGGGAAGCAGCUGGCUAAGAAGAUUGAGCCUGAGCUUGAUGGCAACACUCCAGUGACCUCACAUGAUUCUUCCACCAAUGGGCUGAUCAACUUCAUCAAACGGGAGCGUGAGCCCAUAGCCUAACACGCUCAUCUCAGCUGCAGCCCCUGUGGCGACCACUGCCUCUUGUCUCUCCUCUCCAGAGCCUGCUUUGCAUGGUCCUGCCCCUCCUUCCCCAGAGCACCCUCUGCUCGAGGGCUUGGACCAGUAGCCAUUUGGGAGAUUAUGAUCUGGAAUUGUCACCUCAACCCCCUCCGUGUCCAUCCACCGUCUCCCUGGUUGACAACUGGCUGAUGUGUUUCAGUGCAGCUGAUUCUUCUCACCCAUGUUCAUAUCCUAGUUAGAAAAAUAAAGAUGCCACAAAGGAGGUUGUAAA